AUGAACACGGCUGCAGCGGGGGCCUCACCCGCGGGGCAUCCCCAGCAUCCCCGCCCGGGCCUGGGCUUCGGCUUCGGCUUCGGGGACCAUGAGCCGCCCGGGGCUGCGGGGGCUGCGGGGCUCGGCCGGGAGCUGUCCCUUCAGCACCAGCUCAGCGCGCCCGGCCACGGCCGCCGCGGGUCCCCCAGAGCGCAGGGGGCUGCCCGGGGCUGGGGGGGGCCGGGGGCGCCGGCGGGGCGGCGGGGAAGGCGCGGGCGGGCGGCGCUCGGUGUCUGUGCCGGCUCCUGUCCUGCCCGCUCCGCAGCCACCGCGCCGGUGCAGAGUGACGCGGCCUCAGCUCAGCUCAUCUGCAUCCGCGGCUCCAGGACCGCCCCGCCCCGCCUCCCCCGACCCUCAAGGCCGCCCCCCGGGACCGCCCCGCGCGCCUGCCCCGCCCCCCCACCGCGCCCCCCGGGGACCCCAGCACAGCAGGUCCGGGGGGCGGGGCGCGGGGGGGAGCCCGGGCCAAGGGCACGCGGGGAGCGGGGGGCGGGGGGCGGGGCAGGCGCGGACCCUCCCUCCCCAGGACCCGCCAGACGCCCGGGGCUCCCAACGGCCAGCACGGUCCCAAUCGACCCCAAGCUUGACCCGAGGGCAGCGAGGCCUCCGGGAAUGCCUGGCCAGGGCGGUGUCGCCGGCGUGAAUGGGGGAGGGGGCGGCCGGGGCAGGACCCGGGGCAGGGCCACUCUGGUGGUCUCCUGCCCACCCCUCCCCAGGCCGAGCUCCCGGCCUCCCUCCCUCUCCCCCGUCCAGGGCGGAGGACUGGGGAAGCUGAGUCCCGGGACGGGAGGGGUGUCGGGAGUGGGGCUUGGGAUGCAGCUGGACCUCCCGGAACAGCAUGGGGCCCUGGAGCCACCAGGAGGGGAGAAGACCCCAUCCCUGAGCCAGGCUCGCAGGAUGUUUAUCCUAGGAAAUCCAGAGGAUCAGAACCAGGCAGGACCUGGCACUGGGACAGAGGCAGCUGUCUGCAGGGCAUUUAGCAUAGAUAUGUAUCACCUGUUCUGAGACGGAGCCGGGGAGGCUGUUUUUAAUCAUCCGGGAGGUUGUAAAAUGUUUCCCGACGUUACGAGGACAGCUACUGGAAUAAUGAUGCAGGUAGCUGGCACACACACAGUGCAAAGGUUUCACCAGGCACGGUGUUCUAUGCCUAUCACCUGGCCAAUACGAGCAGCAGCCACGUUCAGGUGUAAUACAAACUGGUGUUACCUAAUUUUCCAUGUGAGGAAAUUGAGGCACACAAAGGGCAACCGGCUUGCUCAAGGUCACGUCAAUGGCAAAGCAUGGAUCUGGGAUUGAAGCCCAGACAAUUGGGCUCCAGAACUGACUUUAUUAGUCAUGAUCACUCAAGAGAAAACAUCAAGCGCUUUUCAUUACAUGUUUAAUGAAAAUGAUGUUAAAGUGGUUUUGUAGGAGAAAACAUUUCAUUCAUGUAAAUACAUUUUACUGCAUUCUAAAAUCUAGCAGGAAAAGAUGUGGCCUGCCAUCAAGAUUUGGGUACAUUUCAUUGGAAAUACAAGCACACUGGACAUGGGAAAAUACUGGGGAACUUUACACGGAAGAGAAUGCAUCUGAUAGUCUGGCGAACUAGCAUUUGCUGGAUUUUUAGGACAUACGGGAGGCUGGGUGCGGUGACCUCCCCCAGCAAUCCCAGCAACUGGGGAGGCUGAGGCCGAUGGAUUGCUUGAGGCCAGGAGUCCAAGACUAGCCCGGGCAACAUGGUAGAACCUCAUCUCUACGAAAAAAUACAAAAAAUUAGCCGGGCGUGGUAGUGCACAGCUGUAGUCUCAGCUACGUGGGAGGUUGAGGUGGGAGAAUCACCUGAGCCUGGGGAAGUCAAGGCUGCAGUGAGCCGAGAUCGCACCACUGUACUCCAGCCUGGGUAACAGGGUGAGACCCUGUCUCAACAAACACACAUAGAAACAAAACACAAAAAUAUAUAUAUGCUGAAUGCUCAGUGAGUUGUAACAUGUGAGGCAGCCCCCAGGGGUGCAGAAAUGAACUGCUGAGAAGGCGCAUGUACCCACGGGGUGCAGAGAUGAACCCUGAGGAGGCACACACACCCACAGCUCCCCCUCGUCUUAGCACCACAGUGCCAGCCCCACCCCGUCUUUGAUAAGCCCUGGACUUCCAGGGCCUCCCUUAGAGAGCCAGCCCCUGCGGAGUCCCUGAACGUAGCUGCAGUCUGGGGUGCUGACCCUUGGCACUGGGAGAAACCCUCACCAGUAGCGUCGCCCCCCAGUAAGCCGAGAUCACACCACGGCAGCAUCACCGGGGAGGCAUCGGCGGACCCCGGGGAGUCACAUGGUUGUCACUGCAGAACUCUGGAGGGGCAGGCUCUCGCGUGGGUGGGGCCAUGGAGGACGCAGCGUGGGAUUUAAAAUGAACCCAAUGAAGGGAAAUGCUGCUUCUUCAAUGUCCAUGAGCUCAAGCCCUGUGGGAGGUUUAGCCUUGAUUAUUUUGCACAGAUCUGAACAGCAUUCACCCCCAGCUGGAUGUGGCCCUUUCAUCGAAGCACAGAUUGGAACUCAAGGUCACUGAAGUGCUUUCUGGCCGCAUCGUGGAGAGAAAGGCAUUUUCUCACUCAGGCGUCAUCCCGGGAAUGUGGCAUGCCAUGUUUUAGCAUCUAAGUGUGUCCCCCGAGGAGGCAGCGUUAUGCCGUGAUCACAAGUGACCCCCAAAUCUCAACGGCAUAAACGACACAGGGUAAUUUAUCAUGGGAUUGCAUGUCCACCUGGGUCGCCGCAGAGCUCUGUUGACUGGAGUCGCUCGGAGCCCCCGGCGCGAAUGCUGGAUGGCCGGGCUGGGGAGGAGCGCUCAGGGGCUUCGCGCUGUCAAUGCCCCACUCCAAAGUGACUCCCGCUGCUUCCACUCGUCACCUGCUGGACAGAGACUGUCACAUGGGCCCCUGCACGCAGUGGGGUGGGAAGGGAGAUCCUACCGCGUGCUUGGAAGACGGGAGAACAGAGGUGUUUCGGUGAGUAGGGCUCUCCCUCAGUCUGCACAGCAGCCUUCCAGCAAAUCGGGAUUUUACACCAAACUCGCCCCACGCCCCCAAAUGCCAGGCUCCCCAGGGUAGCAACGAAUGACAUGUUGUCCAAUCAGACUUCAAUGCAACCAUGUCACAGAAGACACGACUAAAGCAAAACAUGACUGGGUGGUGCACAUUUUGGUUUUGACGAGGUUGGGUCUGGGUCUCUGCUUCCCUCUCCUGGGCCAAGAUCCUCUGGACGUGGAGUUCAGGAAUGAGGGUGGGACCUUCCCCAGGAGACCCAAGUGUGGGCAGCGGUUGCUCAGACCAAGUCCUCACUGAGAGUGACCUCAACAGACAUCCAUUGGCAGCUCCAGCUCAGGCCCAGGAGACAAAGUGGGGGUCACUGACACCCCAGAUUUUUUUUUAAUGACUGAAUCAUGAUUUGAACAUUGGUCUGCUGGAUUUCAAGAUCUGUGACUUUUCCACUGAACACGCUAGCUCCUGGGACAGCAGAGUUUCUUAGAUUGGAGCUAAUAACACACGGAUCCCCUCCCCUCCUGCUUUUCUGUAUUUUUUUAAAAUUAUUUUGUUUUUAAUUCACAAAUAUUGUAUAUGUUAUAUGGGGUAGAAUGUGAUGUUGAUAUAUGUUUAAAAUAUGGAGUGAUUAAAUCAGGCUAAUUUACUUUUUUUCCUAAAAGGACCUUGGCUUCAGAAUUAACUUUAAUCUUCAUUCCACUUUGCUCAUACGGCCUUGAAAAGAUCAUUCCUUGUAGCACAGCCGGGACUUAAGCUCUGAACCACCAGCGAGGAGGGCGUUGGUCUGAGCCUGCUUUUCCGAGUCCUAUCUUCUCUUCUUGGGUUCAGGCAGCAGAUCCAACUGUAAGUGGCUUUAAAGAGACAGCAGACAUGUCUGUGGCAGUUUAUUCAUUGCCCCUGGAUGCCACCCUUACAUGCCCUCUAUGUGACAGCUGGCGGCCCACAGCCCAUUAACUCUAUAGAUGGGCACAGCAGGCCUCCAGGAGGUGAUGUGGGUUCAGUGUGCCGAAGAUGAAGAGAUGCAGGGGACUCAAACCCACUGGCUGAGGCACCACCCACUUCUCCAGGCAAAGAGGUGAGUCCCAACCAGUGAAGAGAUGUGAGAAGUGGUGCCAGGGCGAGAACGUGUGUGUGCUUGUGUGUGUGUGCAUGUGUGUGUGCACAUGAGCUUCUGUAUGUCUGCACCUGCACAUGUGUGCAUGUGUGUGCAUGUGCGCCUGAGUAUGUGUGUGCAUGUGCACCUUUGUGUGCCUCAGUAUGUACACGUGUGUGCAUGCAUGUAUGUGCAUGUGUCUGUGUGCAUGAGCCUGUCUGUGCCUGCACAUGUGCAUGUGUGUGCAUGUGUGUGCUUGUGUGCCUACAUAUGUACACGUGUGUGCAUGCAUGUGCAUCUGUGUGUGCGUAUGUAUGUACACGUGUGUGCAUGCAUGUGUGCAUGUGUGCCUAUGUACAUGUGUACCUCUGUAUGUGUGCCUGCACAUGGACAUGCAUGUGUAUGUUUGCCUGAGUAUGUACAUGUGUGUGUGCAUGUGCAUGCAUGCCUCUGUGUAUGACUAUGUACGUGUGUGCAUAUAUGUGUGUGUGUGUGAGGGAGAGAGAGGGAGUGAAGGAGGGAGAAAGAGAAAAAGGGAGAGAGAGGAAGAUGGAAUGGGGAUAGAAGGGAGUUAUAAUAAAAUGGAGGACUUUGGGUGCAUUUUCUGCUAUUUUUUUUCUCCCGAAAACACUGUAAAGGGGUUAUAUAAUUCGAGUUUCCUCACUGCUGAGAUUGCGUUUACCCCUUGGGUCCUGACCCAGCUUUGUGAUGACUGUGGUGCGAUCCCGGUUCCCUGGCAGCACUUGUCAACAGGGUCAAAUGCCUGUUCCUUGCUGGUCUCUUCUGUGGAACAAAAACCUCACCUAGGAGGGUUUCAGGUUUUGCGUCAAUUUUUAUCAAAUCUGUAGAGGGCAUUUCUGUGCCAGAUACUGCUCCAGACACUUGUCAAAAAUGCAUUCUCUGCACCUUCGGAGCAGCCCUUUGAGGGGGG